GUGUUCCCAAGCUACAGUAGCACACUUUGGCUCUGUCGGGCUGUUUGACCCUCUCUGUUUUUCGAAGGGACAAAUGUACAAAAAAGAAGAUAGUGUUUAACAGAAAGUUGAAAGCUUCACAUGAACCAAGUCAAACUCCUCAGAGAGCUGAGGUUUAGAGAGAGGACCAUGAAAGAUUUUGAAGAGCUGAGGAAACUGUGCUGUGCUGAUAAUCCUGGUACAUUUGAGGUGUCUGCAGCAAGCAAUGGUAUCGAGAAGAAUACAAAGAGAGGUGUGUGCUUCAUCGCUCCGGGAGCGAAGGAUGGUAUCAUGAAACCGAAGAAAAGGAAGGAGGUGCUGUGUGAGAACUCCUCUGCUGGAGUUGAGGGGCAGAACAGGGAGAGUGCGGGAGGAACGUUCCCGGAUAUGGAAAAAAGGGACCAGAAAAGCUUUACAGUGAAGAAAAAGAAAGCGUUGUUAGAAAAGAGACAGGCCAUGGCAAACGCUGAUGAGGGCUGCAUCACAAAACCAGAGAAAGUCAGCGUUGAAGAGAAGGUUAAACGCAAAGCCAAGUGUGUUGGAGGUGUGACUAAAACAAAUAAGCCGAUCUCAACACUCAGUGAUAUUCAGUAUGAAAAGAUCUUCCAGUCUGUCAUAGACAAGUCUCUAGAGGAAUGCAUAGCAAGCAGCAAGAAGCUAAUACGCAAAGUGAAAAGCUUACAAGAGAACAGUGAACCACUCCUUGUCAGUGAGAACAUUGUGCCGUCGGAGCCUUCAGUAACCAAAAGCAGUGAGCACUCAGAGGCACCGGGAGUAAGGAAAACAAAGGCCAAAUCAAAGGAGAAUAAAGCUCACAAACUCUCUCGGAAAAGCAAACUUCUAAUCGAUACAAAUGAGACAAGUGAAGUCAGCAGGGAAGGACGAAGGCAUAAACGUAAAGGCCAGCCAAAGAAGAUCGUUCAGGACUAUACUAAGUUCAUUGAUGAUGAUGAAGAAUCUGCAUUAGAUAAAUAUGUCUCCUGGGUUCAGUGCAGCAAGGAAAAGUGUGGGAAAUGGAGACGUUUGGAAGACAAUGUGGAUCCAGCGACUCUGCCAGAUGACUGGGUGUGCAGUCAGAAUCCAGACCCUCUGUACAAUAUGUGCGACCUGCCAGAGGAGGUCUGGGAUGGAAGAGAGAAUGACGUUAUUUAUGCUGAGCUGGUUCCUGGUUCUAUAGUGUGGGCAAAGCAGUUUGGGUACCCGUGGUGGCCAGGGAUGGUGGAACAUGAUCCGCAGACUGGGAAAUACUUUAUGUUCACAACCGACUCAGAUCAGUUUCCGUCAAAAUAUCACAUUACAUUUUUUGACACGACCGUAAGCCAUGCGUGGAUCCCGGUACCGCUGAUAAAGAGUUUCCAGGAGAUUCCUCAAGAGAGAAACAUGGCAAAACGUGAUUUCUCAAAGAGGGUAAACACUGCAAAGAAGAUGGCUGAAGAGGCUCAGAAAGUGAAAAUACAGGACCGAAUAUCCCAGUUUGGCUUUAUUGUCAGAUAUAAGGGAAUUGAAGGUGCCAAACUGUCCGAAGAUAGUUCCAGUCAGGAAUCGCUGGAGGAUCCCUGCAUUGUGAAGGAUGCAAAAAGACCAGCAUCCAGGAACAAAGAGACGAGGAGCAAGGACUGUGCAGAGAAGGAGCCUGAAAACCAUCAGCUAACAGUCAGAAAGGGAAAAGGGAAGAACGGUGGCGUUCACCUCGCUACUGAUCAGAGGACAUCAAGCAAACAGGAAUCUCCAGUUCCUCUACGGAGGAAGGCCUUAUUGAUCCACUCCAAGCAGUUUAGAGGCCCCAUCUUGAAGAGAGACAGCAGUGGGAGCAAUCAGAGAGUCACUGGGAAAUCGGCCAUCUCGAAUGGGAUUGACGAGAUGGAGCUGGUGCCCCUGAAAGCCAAGGUUACUGAGCACAAAGUCAGCGGGCACGACCGUACUCGGCGCAAGGAUUUCCUCAGCCCCAAACCCUACACCCAGCCAAGUGUUGCAACUGAUCUGCAUGAAGAGGAAUCUCUGAAGGGGAAGAAACCUCUGCUCCAGGAACCCCCAUCACCUCCCGGAGGUGGCCCAGCCGGUGAAGGUUUUGCCAAGCUGCUCCAAGGGGUCAUGGAAAAGAAACAAGAUGCAGAUACGUUCUCAGAUGAUGACAUGGCAAUCCUAACACUGAAGAAAUCAGAAGAUGAAGAGGAGUUUGCUGACUUCAUGUUCGAGGAGUGAACGAGAGUAACAAUCGUAGUGUUGGACCCUACACCAGUGCUCCACAAAUGUAUCAGUUAACUCUAGAGCCUGUGUGUUCAAUAUGGAAACAAUAGCCCAAGUGUGGUCGAUGAUAACCAUGGUUUGGGAUGAUAGUUAUUUGGAAGCAAGGGUCUGUGGUUGGGCGACUAUUUGGGCUGUGUUCCAGAGGUUUAUUGUAAGCUUAUCAGAUGUUCAGGCUGUGAUCCAGCUGUUCAGUGGAGCACCACCACAUGUUUGAGUGGUGAAGUUUAGUUUUGUACACCCGCUGUAUGCUUGAGAUGGACGGUUACUGAAGUUUGGCCGAAGCUUUUAGUUUAGGUUUUGUCUCAUCUGACGCCAAAUUUUAUUCUCAUGUUGGAGUUAAUGCUGGCUCGUUCUAGAUGGUUGGAGGCUGUAAUACGCCUGGUAUUGAUGUGGAGUCCAGGCAAAAAUGCCUCUCCUGAUUUAGAUUCCAGGAAAGAUGUUUGAGCGGGUGCUUGAGUGGUCAUCUUACUCUGUCUCCUAAAGAAUAUUCAAGCUAUGUGACAAUCUUUCCCUUUGAUCCAGCCAUCCCCCUUCUCCGUUUUGAUAUAAAUUUAUUCCUUUAUCUGAAUAAUAACCCCUACCACUUCUUGUGAUCGCCUUGCCAGCAGUUGUUCUGAGGAUAACCCCAAUUAAAGUGGGUGUUUUGUAUUACUUCAUUAAGAUCCAGUGUUGAUGUUUUGAAUCUACACUCGGUUCGAUCGUCAGAUGCAGUUUCCUGAACCCCUGCUGUAGUUCAGGGUGUCACAAGAUGGAAUAGACUCAGUCUUGCAUUCCUCUCUGUUGCCUGUUGGCCAUUUGCCAUAUGUCCAUUCCCCCCACGUCUGUGGCCCGAAAUUGCAGUAUUCAAUUGUUCCAGGACUAGGAAGAGGGGGGGAUAGCCCCUGAUGCUGACAUCAACAGCACAGUCGUAACAUGGGCAGAGACCUUUCAGCCCAUCGGGUCUGUGACUGGCUGUCUCUUGCGAAGAGUUAAUCCCAUUCCCCAAACUCCAGCAGUAGCUUUCCCCGUGUGUUGGAUUACUUUUUUGAAAACCAUUCUUCAAUCCACACCCCCACGACAUUGGGCAGUGCGUUUCGAAUUCUAUCCACUCGCCAAGCAAGAAGGCUUUCCCUCUCACUGUCUGUUUCUUUUACCAUUCACUUGACUCCUAUGCCCUCUGGUUAUUAUCCCUUCAGUAACUGGAAGCUCUUUGAUCCAAACUCCCCUGUGAUUUUGAGCAUUGCUGGGGGCGUGUUGAGCUGAGGGUUGAAUUGGGUAAUGGCCGAGCCUCCUGCUCCAAGUGUAACCACUUGGGUGAGGUAUCAGAAGGUGACUGAUACCUCAGCAGGGAUAGGACAAACUAGGUCGAUAAAAUAGGUAUGGGGAGGGAGUCUCAUAGAACAUAGAACAAAACAACGCAGAACAGGCCCUUCAGCCCUCGAUAUUGCGCCGUUCUGUGAA